AUGCUUUCAUUCAAAGGAAGUCCAUACUGGAUGGCUCCUGAGGUCAUAAUGAAUACAAACGGCUACAGCCUUGCAGUAGACAUCUGGAGCUUAGGAUGUACCAUUCUUGAAAUGGCAACAUCAAAACCACCUUGGAGCCAAUAUGAAGGGGUGGCUGCGAUAUUUAAAAUUGGAAACAGCAAAGAGAUUCCUGAAAUUCCUGAUCACCUGUCUAAUGAUGCCAAAAACUUCAUAAGGCUAUGUUUGCAGCGAGAACCAUCUGCACGCCCGAUGGCCCCACAACUGCUAGAUCACCCUUUCAUUCGGGACUUGGCUACCACAAGAGUUGCGAAUUCCAAAAUAACCAAGGAAGCCUUUCCUUAUACCUUUGAUGGAAGCCACACACCGACUGCUUCCGAGCUUCACUCCAACAGAACAAAUGUAAAUACGUGCAAUGGAGAUUAUGUGGCAAAAUCAGUGUUUACAGUCUCAAGAACUUCGAUUAGCCCAAGGGAUAAUGUUAGAACGAUCAUGUCUUUGCCGGUAUCUCCCUGUUCAAGCCCCUUACGACAAAAUGGACCAGCAAAUAGGAGCUGUUUCCUUUCUCCUACACACCCAUCUUAUGCUUUGGCGGGGCAACGUGGUUACCAUUUGGAUUAUUACUUGAUGUUUCCAACGAGACCUAGUGCAAGUACACUUGAUCCGUGGCAGGGAAUUCCCCAAUUUAAGGCCGAAACAACAUGUAGAUCGCCAAUGACUAGAUCCAUUUUAUAG